AUGUCUGUGGAUUUCAAGUUUUCCGACGUCGUUUCCGGCAAUUCCGGCAAUUGUUUCCGUCAAUCGAGGGUUGUUGGAAUGCUAGUAGCAUAUGUUCUAGCUCCCAAAUCUGAGCCAAGCUCCACUUCCGGUUUUGGCAACAACUUGUUGCCAGAACAGUCCACCUAG